GCGCCUUGAUAUUCCACGUGGACACCAGUACUAGUAGGUCUAUCGCGAUUCUGUACUGUCGCAUUGCCUUAGAGUGUUCGUCGACGACUGUGUCCAUACUCAGCUCCUUAAACCUCACUGUUGGCAGAUGAGCGUUGAGACUUCAUGAUCUUUGAAAAAACGAAGUCACUACAGAGACGGAACUGUCGAUUCAUCCACUCGGCACAAUGGAGGCAGUCGUUUUCAAUGGUCCUUGGAGGAUUGACAUCGAACGUCGACCCAAGCCAACCCUUGCCGAACCUACAGAUGCAAUCGUGAAAGUCACGACGGCCGGAAUAUGUGGCUCGGAAUUACACAUGUAUCGAGGGCACCAGAAGUCGGGGACAGGGCAUAUAAUGGGCCACGAGUUUGUAGGAUAUAUCGAAGAAGUGGGCUCAGCGGUGCAGCAUUUCGAAGCUGGCCAGAAAGUCGUCUGCACGUUCGCACCCGUCUGUAUGUCCUGCUUCUUUUGCCAGAACGGGUACACAAACCGCUGCCCCAAAGGUCUGGCACCUUUUGGCACGCAGGGGCUGGCAGGCGGACAAGCAGAAUACGUGCGAGUACCGUAUGCAGAUGGGACACUUCAGCGUGCUCCCGAGAGCGUUCCUGAAGAACUCUUGGUCAUGAUGUCCGACAUCUUCCCCACAGGCUAUUACGGCGCCAUCAGGGCCAUUGAAUACUUUGGGCCGUCAUCGGGUCUUAUCAAUGGCGAUGCACAAUCACAUACUAGUACCACCACCGCGGCCACUCACGCUUCAAAGUCACAACCAUUAUCAUCUGCAGUCUUUGUCUGUCUGGGCUGUGGCCCGGUCGGGCUCUGCGCAAUUCUCACUGCACGAUCGAAAGGAGUACGAACAAUCUACGUGGUUGAUAGCGUCGACGACAGGCUGGAGCAAGCGGCCAAACUAGGCGGUAUCCCGCUCAAGCUUGGCAAGGACGAUAUACCAGCCAUCAUUCAAGAAGCGACUGACGGCCGUGGAGCAGACGCAGUGGUGGAAGUGGUCGGAAACACGACCGCUCUGAGAUCGGCAUUCGAUCUUCUGCGGCCCGCCGGCGUGCUGUCGUCGCUCGGCUUUCACCAGGGAGAUCUCCCGUUCACGGCUCUGGAGUGCUAUCAGAAGAGCUUGAACAUCAACCUAGGCCGUGCCCCUGUUCGCACAGUUUUCGACGAAGCCCUCGAAGUUCUAGCCGCCAACAAGGACAAAAUGUCGAGCAUGAUAACACACCGUCUACCGUUAUCGGAAGCAGCCAAGGGAUACGAGAUGUUCGAGAAGCAGCAGGCGCGGAAGGUCAUCUUGAUACCAGGGCGGCAAUCACAGUGA